AAUCGCAUGUGUGUUCACAUCGUGUCUUUGAAACUAGUCGGCGUUAUUUUCCUUUUUGCCCUUAAAACCCGAUAAUUAUUGACCGAUACUACUUGGUCUCCUGUAAUGAAACUCCAUGUUUUAGGUCUGUUAUUUCUGGUCUGGAUGCUGUGCUUUCUGCCUAGCCCAGGCUUGAAAUAUUCAGACCGAUGGGUCGUCCAAGUGAAGGCCGCAGCAUCAGCCAAUCAAAUAGCUGGACGCCAUGACAUGCAAAACCUCGGUCAGGUCAUGAAAGACCAUGAUUAUUACACAUUCCAACAAACGAAUUUUGCUCAAGAUCCGUCCGAUAAUUUGAGGCGAGAUGUGGAGGUGCUAUGGUUUGAACAUGAGGAAGUGCUACAGAUCGCUAGCCGGGGUGGAGGGGGUGGUGGCGAGGAAACACCGUCAAUCAAUGCUGGAGGUCGCAGUGAAGGUCUCCAACUCAACGAUACAAAGUGGUUAGACGGGAUGCAGUGGUACUUGGAUAAAUCUUCUCAAGGUAGCCUUCCAACCAUGAAUGUUCGAGCAGCAUGGGAACAGUGUGUUCGAGGUGGUGGAGUCACUGUUGCUGUCGUAGAUGAUGGAAUAUUCUAUGAGAAUGAGGACUUGCAGGACAGGGUGGACCUGGAAGCCAGUUAUGAUGUCUACACCAACAAGAACGACCCAAAACCACAAUCAGAGGAUUAUGAUCAUGGCACCAAGGUGGCAGGGAUUAUCGGCGCCGAGGCCAAUGGAUUUUGUGGAGUAGGAGCAGCCUUCAAUGUCACACUGGCAGGUAUUCGUUUAUUAGGAGGUGAAAUUACCGACGACUUGAUCGCAACUGCCUUGACCAAGACAAAAGAUAAAACAGACGUUUAUGUGAAUAGUUGGGGUCCUGUGAUGGACGGCACCAUGUUGGGCAUCGUUGGAGCAGUGACACAGAAGGCACUAGAGACGACAUCAAAAGAGGGUCGUCAAGGAAAGGGUUCCAUCUUCGUUUGGGCUGGCGGGAAUGGAGGCGGCACGAUCGGCGACAGCUGUGCUUAUGAUGGCUACGUAAACAGUCGCUACACGAUCGCUAUCAAUGGUGCUACAAGAUUCGGCAAGCAUUUGGCAACGGGUGAAAGUUGUAGCGCUAUUAUGGCAACUGCGUAUAGCAAGGAUGAGAAGAGUAGAGAUCCUAUUGUAACUACGACUGGGCUCGAUGGCUGUACAAAUGAUUUUGGCAAGUCUUCUGCUGCUGCCGCAUUUGGAGGUGGAAUCAUCUCAUUGGCUUUACAGGCAAACCCUGCAUUAACAUGGAGGGAUAUCCAGCAUCUGAUCACAAUGACUUCUCUCGCAGUUGAGAAGUUUGAACCAAAUGAUUGGAUUACCAACAAAGCAAACAACAAAGUGAGUCCAACCUUUGGCUUUGGCCUCCUCGAUGCUGGAAAACUUGUGCGGUACGCCAAGGAUUGGAAAUCUGUGGAGCCGGCAAUUAUGUGUGAGGAGGAGACAACAUUUCCCAAAAAAACUGCAGUAGGCGUCCAUGAAAUAGAAAUCGGCAUUGCCAGUUGUAAGAGCGGCAACAUUACAUAUCUCGAACACGUGGAAGUUUCCUUCAGUCUGAACUACACUGCUCGAGGCUACCUGGCAGCUACGCUAACCUCACCAUCUGGAACUGUAUCGGGUAUCGUUCCUGGACGGCGCAAAGACACAACGGAGACCCAGUUUGAUUGGUCGGUGACAAGCGUCCAUUUCUGGGGAGAGGCCGGUGAUGGGAAGUGGAAGGUCGAGUUCAGGGAUGCCUUCAGUGAUCUUAAGGGUGAAGGCAUGAUAUCAAGUCUAAAGCUUACCCUAUAUGGAACACAAGCCAACCCACGUGCUGGACAAAACACAAGUUACACGGUCGUCAACAAUGGCGAAGCAGCCUGUCCCGUCCUUGCCCCAUUUGAGCGGAUUCUUGGAGAGAUGGACUUCACCCCUCUGUAUAUUUUUAUAGCCUUGAUAAUCAUAAUAGCAAUAAGUCUCAUAGGUUAUUUUGUUUGGAAAAAGAAACUGCGCAACCAGAAAAAAUGUGGUAUGUGCGGUCCCAAGUAUCAAGUGGCAAAGGAACAUGAUAGACAGGUGUAGUUCAGGCUCCAGCUGCAAAAAGAAUAAAGCUCAAAGAAAUUUAAAGAACAUCCUAAAAAAGGGCCAUUUCAGCCCCUCUUGAGAUUGAUCUUGUUGUGUAUUAAGAUGUCCAUUCAUACGUUAUCGGUGUCCAACUUUCGUCAUAGAAACACUAGGUUUUAUGUAAACCCAGAGUGUUUUCAAUAGCUUACAACACAUUUGUUACAGCUAAGAAUGAAUGAUUAAUAUUUUCUCAAUGUGAAUGGUAUUCUUGUUAGUGUGCUCACCUGAUCACGCUCAUAUCUAUUGUUGCCAUGGCAACUAACGCUGUUAUUUUAAGUUGUACCAUCAAAUCUAACAUAACAGUGAAUGAUCAAAGCACUCUACCUGUGAGAGGUAGACAGAAGAUGAAGUAAAUCUGUGCCAUAAGUGUUAAAACAUCUCACGUGUCCAGUUUACAAGGAAAAUGUAAUCAGGUCAUUUUUGACCAAGGCCAAUUUUUUUCACUGUCAAAAGAUAGUUUUCUAUACCGGAUGAAAUAAUACCCCAUGUCCAUGCCAUUAGCUACAUUGUUGGAUAAAUGUUUGUAUAUAAUAGAUCUUAGAGUUGUAAGUUAUAGUUUAAACUGCCCGAUUAUUUUGAAAUCUCCCUAAAACAUUGGGAUACUGAAUUCAUGGUUUGUUUUUUGACCUAAUUAGUGCAAACUUUCGGCCAUCUUGCUGCAACGUUAUCCCAGGGUGGUGUUGGCCUAUUUUUUCCUUAAAAUUCUUAGGUUUUGCUAUGUAAUGUAAAUAUGUGUGUGCUACAGUGGGACUGGUGAGUGACAUUUUUUGGACUUUGACACGCUGAUGCUCAUGUACCAUCUCUUAUGCACCCUGUAUGUAUGUUUAUCUAUGCAGAAUGGGGUGUAAUUGUAUAUAAUGCUUCUUUAACAUGCAUGUAGUGACUGUUUCAUGAUAUACUGUUUCAUUGGCAGCUACCAAUACAACAUUAUAAAAAUAGGUACGCGGUUUGGGAGUUUUCAUUUGUUUUAUUUUCAAGCAUUUAUGUUAUGAAUCUCAACCAGGGACGGCAGCUCAUUGAAUAGGUAACCAGCCUUUAAUUCUUGGACUCUUGGUGGUUAUUUUCUUCAUGGCUUUACAAUUACAAACUGCUUUCACCUGAAGGCCUUGUGGUGAGUGGUAUUUCAAUGAAAUGAGUCGUAAAUGUAUCAACUGGUUUUCAUAAUGAAUUAGCAGGGUUUUUUGUCAACAGAUUACUUUAAAAUUGUUUAUCUUACAGCAGCAGUUCCCUGCUUAGAUUCAACCAAAUGUGUAUUCUAUUUUUUGAAGAGAUUUAACAAUCAGUUAUUGCUUUAGUUGUACGAAUGUAUCUGUGUAUCUUUAUUAGGUGGCUGUAAAUUCUUUAUCGUGUUGUUUUAAUUUCGUUGAAGUGUGUUUUUGCGUGUACAUAGUGCGUCAUAGUAGAACUGUAAAAAGUCUAUGCAAAAUGUGUUGAUCUUUAUCCUCCAUCAUGUCACCAUAACUUUAACCCCGAGACCUGAGACCUGAUGUAUCAAUGUUUACGGUGUGUAAUGCACUGUGCCUUGUUUUGGUGGCAGAGGUGGCGGUUAUGGAAUGGUAACCGAUGUUUAAUUGGAGGUGUUUUAGAAUAGAAAUUGAUAACUCCCUGUUGGGUAUUGGUUGGUUCACUAAUCAACAGUAAGUUCAAACUGUCAUUUUGCCCCAAAACCCAGGGAAGUGUCUCAGUUAUAGCCAACAUUAUUGAAUAUUAACACCACCCUUGCCGAGUUUGGUGAGACAAUCAAUACCUUCAGUUCUGUAUCAAUUCCUAAAUUCAGGGAUAUCUUAUCAAUUUGUUCCUUAAUGAAUGUGCUGUCAGGUGUUGUUGUGUCUUGGAAAUAAAGUCACUUUAACUA